AUGCUAACAUUCCUGAGAGCAGUUCUUGCGGUGCAGACUAAGUGUAGCAGCAAGUCCAUGGCAUAUUAUCCAGGUAACGAGCUGAACAACAAGAUUAUUCCCACGGUGUACACGUGUACCGACUCUAGCGACGACCUGACUCAGCUGACGAAGUCAGACGGCCACUUUGAGUCGAAAGUGUGCCCAGAAUACGCCUAUGCCCUUGCAUUUGCAACAACUAAGAAGGCACUUGCGACAGGAGUCGCCUACGUCUGGAUCGAGGUGAACACGACCAAACUGCUGAACGACUACAAGGCAACUAAGACACAGGCAGUUGAUCUUGGCUCAGUUUUCACGACAAUGGCGAAGUUGACUGACACGUCAGUUCCAGUCGACCUGAGUGGGGCGUACAAGGAGCUGAAUGGAAACAGCCUCAAAGUUGGAUUCUACCUGAAACUGACUAAGGCGGAAUUCGAGAACAUAGAAUACCUCUAUUUUGCACGCCUGUCGCCUAUCACAGAAAUUGACGUGACUCAGUCUGCUGAUUACAAGACACUGGACAUCACGUACAAGUCGGAGGUCAUCACCACUGGUGGACAGAGCACGAGAAACGUGAAAUCAGAUUCGAUCAACAAAAAGGUGAAUCCGGAGACAUCUGGAAGGCAGUUUGAUCCACUGGUGCUUAAUGAGCUGAAGCGCCUUUUGGACGACAACAGCAGCGAGAACUGCGAGAUGAUCUCUGACUCGAUGCUGGGCAGAAUCUGCUUCGUGAACGAGGACAUCAAACUCACCAACGCAAUCAAUGACGUCAUCGGAUGCGAAUGGGUUGAUCCAUGUUGCGUAGACGAUGCAGUGCAAUUCGAGUGCAACUUCAUCAACUUCUGUAACACCGCAGUGGCAUCGAUCUGCACGACGAAGGCGUCUGGGCAGAUCUCAGAGCCACGCGUGGUCGAAGUGUGCAAGAAGUCGCCAGCCCCAAGAAACAUGUACACCCUUUGUGCCCUAGUCAACUUCUACAACUGCAACUUCUACAACUGCUCAUUUUCAUUCGAUAUGAUAACGCAGAUCCACAACAACUACGGAAAGACAAUUUGCACGCCACUGGCUCUGGAGGACUUCUGCGAGAUGUUCGGCGUCGACAUCGAUUCAAUGGACGAGUUCGACGAGGAGAUGAUGAAGGAGCUGAAGAAGAAGGAGGCAGAGAAAAAGAAGAAGAAGACCACAAGCAAGAAGAGCGAGGAAAAGAAGGAGGGAUUCUUCAGCAAGCACAAGACGGCAUUACUCGUCACAGGAGGUGUUGUAGCAGCAGCAGUUGUGGGCGGAUCAGUCUACAUGUUCUUGCUAUAA